AUGAAAAUAAUUUUCCAUUUUCUUAUCACAAUUGCACUUGUUUCAGGCAUUAUUGCUGCAGGAUGCUAUCAGUUCUUUGUUCUUUCAUCUGGAUCUCAAGUCAAAAGAUCAGUAGAUCUCUUAGGAUAUUCAAAUGAAAAUUCAUAUGGUAAUUUCGUCCAACAGAUCAGAGAAAAAUUCACAAAAAGCAUCGGAAAUGAUGAUUAUCUUGAUUAUUCCACAAGAUCUCUUUAUACUGAUGCUCAAAUUCAAAGAAACUCGAAUGAAUUAAGUAAUACUCUUUAUGGCAAUCCACAUUCAGAGUCAAGGAGUUCGGAGGCAGCAAAUGAGCUUAUUGAAGAUCUUAGAAUUUCAAUUCUCGAGAUGUUUAACACAGAUCUUAGUGAAUAUACAUGUGUUUUCACUCAAUCCCGUCUUGCAUCACUUAAAUUAAUCCCGGAAGCAUUCCCAUUUACCGAUAAAUCUUCAUUUUUAUAUUCUUCAUCAUCUGAUGCUGAUAUUAUUGGUUUAAGUUCAUUUGCAGCGGCUAAAAAAUCAUCAAUCCAUUCAUUCAACACAAAUAAUACUCUCCAGCCACUUUUCAGCAAAUUUUCACGUAAUUCUAAUAAUAUUGUUAUUACUCCACUUGUUGACAGAUUUGAUGGCCAUAUAUUUACAGAAGAAGAGAUAACUGAAGUACUUUCCGCUAAAUCCCAUGGUAAUUACACUGUUGUUUUAGCAGAUGCAACAGAUUAUCUCCAAACAAACACUCUUGACCUUUCUGCUCAUCAGUUCGACGGACUAAUAUUCAGUAUUGAUGGUGUCGUUGGUUUCCCAUCACUUGGCGUUGUAAUUAUCAAGAAUCAGUUGAUAAGAUUCAUGGAUAAGCCAUAUUUCGGUGGCGGAACUCUUGUUUACGCAUUGACAACACAACCAUUCGAGAAAUUACGUCUUAAACCAGCACAAAGACUUGAAGAUGGCUCUCUUCCGUUUUUAACCAUCGCUGCAGCUGUAGAUUCAAUAGAUAUCCUCAAAACAAUUGGAUCAGCACGUUUGGAAUACGUUAAUAGACUCUCAGAAAAACUUUACGAUACGUUUUCUGAAUUAAAAUGCGUGAAAAUUUUGGGAAAUCCUUCAUCAUCGAUACUUUCAUUCGAAAUUUCAUCUGAAAAUGGAGUUGUUGACUAUAAUCAAGUUGUUAAUGAUGCUUGUGACAAUGGUUUCGUUAUAAAUAGCGGCUGCAACAAAGAUGGAAAAUGCGCUGCAAAAGUUUCAAUUGGAUGGCUUUCCCUUGAAUCAGAUAUCACAAGAUUUGCUGAUUGGAUCAAUCAAACAUACUGUGAAUAA